GUCGUUCCCAUCCUUCUCUUUCCCUCUGAUGUCUUUCAAGAAAAUCAAAUUACCAGAGAGCACGGACCAUGGCCGUUAGUAAAAGCGAAAUGGAUCGGAUCAAGGGUCCAUGGAGCGCCGAGGAAGACGAGGCUCUACAAAGGCUGGUCCAGAAGCACGGCCCCAGGAACUGGUCGCUCAUAAGCAAGUCCAUUCCCGGCCGUUCAGGGAAGUCUUGCCGGCUCAGGUGGUGUAACCAGCUUUCCCCCCAGGUCGAGCACAGACCAUUCACGCCAGAGGAGGACGAUACCAUUGUUCGUGCCCACGCCCGGUUCGGGAACAAGUGGGCCACCAUCGCCCGACUACUCUACGGUCGGACCGACAACGCCAUCAAGAACCAUUGGAACUCCACUCUAAAGCGCAAGUGCUGCUCCUCGGUGACCGAAGAGAGCGGAGGAUACGAUGGGAAUUUGUCUCACCUGGAACAGCCGUUGAAGAGGUCGGUCAGUGCGGGUUCGGGCAUGCCCUUGCCCACCGGUCUUUACGGGAACCCGAGCAGUCCGUCCGGAUCCGAUGUAAGCGAUUAUUCCAGUGUGCUCGUUUUGCCCUCUGCUCAUGUAUACCGACCCGUGGCUAGGACCGGCGGCGUCUUGCCUCCCGUGGAGACUUCGUCGUCGACUGCUGUUAUUGACCCUCCAACAUCGUUGUCUCUUUCCCUUCCGGGCGCCUCCGAUUCGUGCGGCGAGGUUUCGAACAGGGCUUCUAACGAGCCAUCGUCUCAAGCACCACAAGCAACGACGAUACCAUUAUUUCCGGCACCAGAGAUGAAUCCGACUCCGGUGGCUGAGAUGAGCCGGGAAGAGGAUCGGAGCAUUGGGUUGGUGCCAUUGAGCGCGGAGCUAAUGGGGGUGAUACAAGACAUGAUAAGGAAGGAGGUGAGGAACUACGUGUUGGAGCAGAGUGCUGGAAUGUGUGUGGGUGUGAGGGAUGAGGAUGUGUUUAGGAACCUGGCAAUGAAGAGAAUCGGGAUCAGCAGGAUCGAGUAGUAUUAGUUGUUAAGAUAGUUGGAUAUAAUCAUGGGGAAAGAAAACCGGGUCUUCGUUUUCAUCUCCUUUCUCUCGUUGGUGUCUUGGAAAUAAAUUUGGGCAAUGUAUAGAGACGGGUAGAAAUAUGUUUCGGGGAGAGAGUUUGGAGAUGAAUCCAAGCAGCAAGAGUUUUGGAAAGACUGGAACUUUGAUGCCUUGUUCAGUAGUAGGUUUAGGAAACUAAAAAGACAUGCAACUGGAAAAAAAGAACAAAGAACAAAAUAUAGAUAAGUUAUUUAUUUUCCUAA